AUGGCUUCUGAGUAUUGUGGUAGAAUACAAUUUAAUUUGUGCUUUGUGUGGCUUCUGUUCUCUUCCAUAAUGCUCAGAAAUGUAGAUUGCUAUGGAUGGAAGAAACAACUUCCAAUGCCAUGUAAGAAUUUAGUGUUGUACUUUCAUGAUAUACUUUACAAUGGCACAAACUUUCAGAAUGCAACUUCUGCGCUGGUUGCAGCCCCUCAAUGGGGUAAUCUCACUGCUUAUGCUACUCCUUUCAGGUUUGGAGAUGUGGUUGUGUUUGACGAUCCUAUUACUCUUAACAAUAAUCUGCACUCUCCUCCCGUUGGAAGAGCGCAGGGAUUUUAUCUCUACAACAUGAAGACUAAUUAUAAUGCUUGGCUUGGGUUCACAUUUGUGCUGAAUUCAACGGAUUAUAAGGGCACCAUCACUUUCAAUGGUGCCGACCCUUUGACGGCUCCGUCCAGAGAUAUAUCCGUAGUGGGUGGAACGGGAGACUUCCUAAUGGCGAGAGGAAUUGCCACCCUUUCUACCAAUUCACUGGAGGGAACUGUUUAUUUCCGCCUCAAGGUUAACAUCACACUCUAUGAGUGUUAUUGA